AUGAGGCUGCGGUAUGAUGCCACCAUGGCUGAAGACACGCUCGACCAGAGCACUGGACGCACUGCCAAGACCCCGAUGGCUACUUGGCACAGUGAAGGAAGAGCCUUCCUGUUCAUUGCCCAGAACAAGAGACAGCACCUAUCACCUCCUCACAACCCCACCUAUCACCUCCUCACAACCCCACCUGUCACCUCCUCACAACCCCACCUGUCACCUCCUCACAACCCCACCUAUCACCUCCUCACAACCCCACCUGUCACCUCCUCACAACCCCACCUAUCACCUCCUCACAACCCCACCUACACCUAUCACCUCCUCACAACCCCACCCACCCUCCUCACAACCCCAACCACCUCACCCCUCACAACCCCACCCAUCCCUCCGCACAACCCCACCUAUCCACCUAUCACCUCCUCACAACCCCACCCAUCCUCUCCGCACAACCCCACCUGUCACCUCCUCACAACCCCACCUAUCACCUCCUCACAACCCCACCCAUCCCCUCCACAACCCCAACCCCACCUAUCACCUCUUCACAACCCCACCCACCCCCCGCACAACCCCACCUGUCACCUCCUCAAACCCCAUCCAUCCCCUUUCCCCUCCACACAACCCCAAUCCCCUCCAACCCCACCCACCCCUCCGCACAACCCCAUCCAUCCCCUUUUCACCCAUCCCCUCCUCACAACCCCCCCCACCCUUCCCAUCCCCACUGUGCCUUUGUUCUGA